AUGGGCACCCCUUAUAUGGUAAGGGAUGUCUGCACCCUUCCCUCCCCUCCCUUCCCUCCCCUCCCUUCCCUCCCCUCCCUUCCCUCCCCUCCCUUCCCUCCCCUCCCUUCCCUCCGCCUGCGCCACCCUUUCCCCCCUCGUUCCUCCCCUUCCCGCGUUUCCACCAGCGUCAGACUGGCAACGCGCAUGGCAGUGCUGAGCGUGUGUGCAGCGUUCACGGUGCGCACGAUUCGAAUCGACGGCUCACAGCUGCUGCACACGUGGCAGCUGUUUGAUUGGACCAUUGACACCACCAUCCCCACCGCAUCCAUCAUUCGCGUCUCCCUCUGCAAAAUGGAGAGGCGGUUCAGCACGACAUAUUUCUGCCGGGUCACAGCAGCAGACGGCAAGCAGCUUGACUUUGGUGGGCAUCUGUCCAAAGAGGAGAACGUGUGGCUGCAGCACGAGGUGUCCUCGUACCUGCUCAGCCUGGCAGCGGAGUCUGUUUGA